UAGCUGCAGACGAGAUCGAGAAGAGAGCUCUCAUGUUGUCAGGGCCAGAUAAUGAACAUGAACUGUUGAUGUGGACUUGGAAUGUUUGCGAGCGAAUGAGCCCAUUAAAGAGACGGCUGUCCUCGGUGGACAGAAGAGCUUCGACGGAAAAGAGUCAUACUUUUUUGGUGUCCGUGUUUCAUGUCAAAUGA